AUGCAUCCCCAAGAGUACAUCGCUGCCUUCGCGCUCAGUUACAUGGCCUCGAAGGAUCCCACCGACAUGCUCCAGCUUUUCAAUGUUUCUCACUUGAACAACGACAAGCUCGCCGAGACUCUCGUGGCGCGCGGAUUGGAGGCUAUUCGUGUGCUCGCGCGUGCAACCGAUGGAGAACAAGUUCGCCCCGCGAACAUUAUCCUCCGGGCCGAGAUGUCAAUGCUCGACAACGCUCGCCCUCAACUGGCCAUCAAUAGAGCGGCCAGAGAUUCGUUUUUGAAUAUGUUCGCCGUGUUCCGGGCUCAAGCGCCGUCUGCUCUCUCGCUUCAGGCCCAGCGCAUGGUGUGGAGUGGCCUACUGUUGCGAUACGCGGACUAUGUGCCCUUGUGGGAGGUCGGCAAAGUAAACAUCAACGGCACCUUCGCCUGGUGGCUCGUCAUAAGUACAACACCUAUCUUUACAUCACCGCUAGAGAUACCGACCCACAUGCCUUCCCCGUCGUCCUCGCCCGCCGUGCCAGCUUUGAUUGAACUCGGCGACUCCGGCAUGCCCCCACACCUGCCAACGACAACUCCCCAUAUCUCUCCGUCGUCUAUCUCAGUGUCUCGUUCAACGCCAUCGCCUCUCGCGUCGACGAUCAGCCAAGCCUUCGCGCUGUUAAACAUCCCUAUCACAUCGGUCCCUCAAGCCCCUCAACAUGCCGUGGGCUCCGAUUCUGCCCAUGCUCAUAACGAUGACCCUGCGGGCGCAGAACCUGGCGAAGGACGUGACUCUGGAGCGUCGGAACAUGCACCAGCGGCGUGCGAUGAUGCCAUUGUAGGCGAAGUCGCAUCCCACGAAGAUGCCGAACACUCGGAUGGUCCUCCUUAUACCAGGACGCGUCCACGGCGGAGCGGACGAAAGCGAAGAGGCUGA